AUGCCGGUAACAUGGAUUAGCGAGGAUACCAGUGAAACCAUCCGAACCGAGAACGCUGAAAAACAGGAACCUAUGCAAAAUUCAAGCGAGACAGCUGCCCAAAAAUCGCAAUCUUCGAUUGCGACAGACAAGCAGCCUGCAGAUCAAUCGUUGCCCAGUGGACAAAAUCCCUCUAAUAUUCCUACUGAAACACAAGACCAUAAUUCGCAAAUGACCAACAGAUUCACACACAGCCGAUUUAAUGAGGAGGAAAACGCGCAAACUGAAGAAAGUUUAGACAGUUCAAGUGGAGACAUGCAGCAUAAAUCUGAGUCUCCGGAUACGAAAGAGGCGAACACCAUAGCUUCAACGAUAGCCAACGCACAACAACCGAUCUCUAAUCCGACUGAACCAGCAGCCCAUAUGCCGGCAACAAGGAGUGGCGAGGAUACCAGAGAAACCAACCAAACCGGGAACGCUGAAACACGGGAACCUUUGGAAAGUUCAAGCUCGACAGCCGCCCAAAAAUCACAAUCUUUGAUUUUGACAGACACGCAAACUGCAGAUCCCGCGUUGCGCAGUGCAAAAAAUCCCUCCGGCAUUCCAACCGAAACACCAAACCGUAGUUCACCGAUAAAAAUUAGCAUCUCAUACAGGCCAAAUAAUGAAGCUGAAGUCCUGCAAACUGAAGAAAUUUUGGACAGUUCAACCGGUAACAUACAUCAUGCCUCCAUCCUGCUCUCCAUCGCUAAUAUAUACCUCGUCAGUUCUUUGAUCGCAUGUCUUAAUUGA